UUGACGUAAUUGGCGUUGGCGAAUACAGGAAAUGCCCUGGUAUGUUCCAUUUGGCGUGGCAAUUGACGAACAUCUUGGCGCACUUGUUGCUGAUUAUUUCUUUGCACUUCUAGUCGACGUGGUGGUUCGUCGUGAAAUGAAUUCAUGCAUUCGUCGGUGGCUUGACGAAUGUUGACAAUGUUUUCCAAAGCUCGUCGCAGUUCUUUGUGUGUCCACUUCUUAGGCGAGUCAAGUUCUUUUGCGAUGAGUUCCUGAAGAAUGCCAUGUGGAAGUUUGGACUUGAUGAUGUUGCAUAAGAACAUAGGCGAUUGAUUGUCCAAAUAUUCCAGUUGAAGACAAAUUCUUUCAAUGUCCUUCUGGAAUUGCGUGAGUUCGCGAAGGUUGUUCCUGAUGGGCGGUAGUUUGAGAAGUUGUGCCUGAAGUUGGUUGCUAAGUUGGUCGUCGUUACCAUACUUCUUCUUAAGAAUUUCUUUGACGAUUUUGUAGUUGUCGUCGGAUGGUGGAUAACCACUAAUCGCUUCUCUGGCUGCUGAUCCUUCUUUGAGAUAUUGCAGAAGCAGGAGAUGCUUCUGGAAAGACGGAUAAUGUUGCUUGUCGACGGCAUGUUCAAAAGCAGCCCAAAAGGUGCGCCAAUCACGUAUGUCGCCACCAAAUGUUGGAAGACGGACGCUGUCGACCUUCAGAGCAUUAGGAAGCCCAUAUUGUUGUUGCUGAAAAGAGGUGGUAUGCUGAUAGUCGUAAGUUUGGCGUGAUGUCUCAUGUGGGUUUUCUGCGCUUGGUUCUUCAAAAUCUGGCGCGCUGGGUUGACGCAUUCGACGGUUCUGCCUCCAAUCGCUUUCUUCUUCGUCGUCGGAAAAGAAUUGACGCCUUUCUUGACGUAGAGGAGUUUGAUUGUCGGCCAAUUUCCCUGAUGUUGAUCCUUGUAGACUAGGCGCUCUUGGCGAAUUAUUGCUAUUGCUGUCUGUAGUCAUUUGCCGAAUAACUCUGUACGCUUUGAUCCGGUUGAUCACUUCAUUUGCUCUGUCGACCAAUUUGGAGACUGGCCAUUGCUCUGUAUUUUCAAGGUUCUGGUCGGAUAAUUUGUCGUAAGUUAAGAAAUUGGCGAGGUAAUCUGCAUGUUCGUUUUGCUGUUGUUCGUCGAGGCCAUCCAUAAAUUGAUUGUAUUUGUUGAUAAUUGCUUGAAGUUGGUUGGUUCGUUCUGUGAGAUGGACGAGUUCCAUUUCCACUGAUGCUGCCAGUUCAUCUUCUUUCUCAAUUGAUGGUUUAGAUUUGAGCUGGACGAUACAAGAUUCGGCGAUUUUAAGGUGUUCGACGAGUGCUCUUGUCGUUCCAUAAAGCUCUUGACGGAUAAUUCGUGCCAUUGAUGGUUGGUUAGACGCGGUUUGCCAAAUAAAAUUAAUGUUGUACAGUUAGACGGCUUGUGGUCGCUGUACUUGCU